AGAUCAGAUAAAAAAAAAAGAAAUAAUAUAUUUGUUUUCAAGAAAUUCCCAGAAAUAAAAAGCGCAACGCAUUUUAUUUUUGGAUGAAGAAAGACGCAGAGCUGCGGCGUCUGGAGGGUUAACUUUUCUCAGCCUAAAAGGGUUUUGGGGGGCUAUGAGAUAAAGAUGCCGGGGUCGCUGAGUAAUGAAGACGAGGGACCGGACGACAUGGAUUUUGAAGACGAUAUGCCAGAUGAAGAUGACGAGGCACGACGCAACAUUGUCCCUCUCACUCCCCUCACCAGCUUCUUCUCUGAUGAUGAGUCUCUCAGACAACAGAAGCCCAAGAAGCCCAAAAAGAUGAAAGAGGGCAAAACGCCUAAGGUUAAAAAGAGAAAGAAGGAGACAGGCUUACUACCAAGAGUGGAUAGUGACUUAGAGGAGCCUUCUGAGGUGGAAGAGGAGAGAGGACGUCCUGAAGUGGGCUAUGAAAGUGAGAACAGUAUGUAUGAGGGCAAAAAGAAGAAGAAAAAACCCAGGGAGAAGAAGGAGAAGAAGCCCCGAAAGAAGAAGAGAGAUGAUGAAGAGGAUGAUGAUGACGAUGAUGAUGGGACAGCGAAGGAGCCCAAAUCCUCCAGUCAGCUGAUGCAGGAAUGGGGUCUUGAAGACGUCCAGUAUGGCUUCACUGAAGACGAUUACAAAACCAUAACUAACUACAAGGCAUUCAGCCAGUUCCUCAGGCCGCUCAUUGCCAAGAAGAACCCCAAGAUUCCCAUGUCAAAGAUGAUGACAGUGUUAGGGGCCAAGUGGCGGGAGUUCAGUGCCAACAACCCGUUCAAAGGUGCAUCUGCCACUGCUGUGGCGGCCGCUGUGGCUGCUGCUGUGGAGACAGUCACUGUGGCUCAGCCAAUAUCAGUGAGCUGCAGCCAGCCCAGCGCUCAGCCGGGACCACUCAAAAAAGCCAAAACCAAAGAGGGGAAGGGACCUGGAGCCAGAAAGAAAAGCAAAGCAGCAAAGGACGUGAAAAAGAAAUCCAAGGCAAAAAAGACCAAAUCAAAGUCAGGCCAAAGCGGGAAGAAGAAGAAAGCAUCCUCGAGUGAGGAGGACUUCUUAGAGGAGUCUGACUUUGAUGACAUCAGCAUCCACAGUACCUCAUUGCUCUCUGAUAUAACGGGGGCCACAGCUACCAAGAAAAAGUCUCGGCGUGGGAGGAAAAAAAGGAAAAAAGAGGACGGGGAUGGCUAUGAGACAGACCAUCAGGACUACUGUGAAGUGUGCCAGCAGGGUGGUGAGAUUAUCCUGUGUGACACCUGCCCCAGAGCAUACCACCUUGUCUGUCUGGAUCCCGAGCUGGAGAAGGCCCCUGAGGGCAAAUGGAGCUGUCCCCACUGUGAGAAAGAGGGGAUCCAGUGGGAGGCCAAAGAUGAUGAUGAGGAUGAAGAGGAGCCUGCAGGGGAGGAAGAAGAUGAUCACAUGGAGUUCUGCAGAGUGUGUAAAGAUGGAGGAGAGCUGCUUUGUUGUGACACCUGCCCUUCGUCCUACCACAUCCACUGCCUCAACCCACCUCUACCAGAGAUACCUAAUGGGGAGUGGUUGUGCCCGCGAUGCAUGUGCCCGCCUCUGAAGGGAAAGGUGCAGAAGAUUUUGCACUGGACGUGGGGAGACCCUCCUCUGCCAGCUGAGCAGCCCCCUGGAGCCGAUGGGAAGCCCAUCGAUCCUCUGAUCAAGCCCCCACUGAAGGGUCACCCAGAGAGGGAGUUCUUUGUGAAGUGGGCUGCCCUCUCCUACUGGCACUGCUCCUGGGUCAGCGAGCUGCAGUUGGAGUUGUACCAUACGGUCAUGUACAGAAACUACCAGAGAAAGAAUGACAUGGACGAGCCCCCUCCGUACGACUAUGGCUCUGGGGAGGAGGAGCUGAACAGUGAGAAGAGGAAGAGCAAGGACCCUGAGUAUGCUGUGAUGGAGGAACGGUUUUAUCGCUACGGCAUCAAGCCUGAGUGGAUGGUCAUUCACCGCAUACUCAACCACAGUUUUGAUAAGGAUGGAGAUGUGCAUUAUCUUAUAAAGUGGAGAGAUCUCCCCUAUGACCAGUGCACAUGGGAGACAGAUGACUUUGAAAUCCCUGAAUAUGACAGCCAUAAAACUCUUUACUGGGACCACAGGGAACAAAUAUUAGGAGAAGACCAACGCCCUCUGGUGGUGAGGAAAGAGAAGAAACCCAAUGUGGAGCGUUCCAAGAGAGAGAAGCCUCCUGAUACACCAAUUAUAGAUCCAACCAUAAAGUUUGAACACCAGCCGUGGUAUAUCAAUGCUACAGGAGGAACUCUGCAUCCGUAUCAGCUGGAGGGACUGAACUGGCUGAGAUUCUCAUGGGCUCAGGGCACUGAUACCAUCUUAGCAGAUGAGAUGGGUCUAGGCAAAACUGUCCAGACAAUUGUCUUUCUAUACUCUCUUUAUAAAGAGGGUCACUCAAAGGGGCCUUUCCUUGUAAGUGCCCCUCUCUCCACUAUCAUUAAUUGGGAGAGAGAGUUUGAGAUGUGGGCUCCAGAUUUCUAUGUGGUGACUUACACUGGAGACAAGGACAGCAGAGCCAUCAUCAGGGAGAAUGAGUUUACGUUUGAAGAUAAUGCUAUAAAACAAGGACGCAAAGUGUUUCGAAUGAAGAAAGAUACCCCCAUUAAAUUCCAUGUAUUGCUCACAUCCUAUGAGUUAAUCACCAUAGAUCAGGCGAUCCUUGGCUCAGUCAGUUGGGCUUGUUUGGUGGUAGAUGAAGCCCAUAGACUCAAGAACAACCAGUCAAAGUUUUUCAGGAUUCUGAAUGGGUAUAAGAUCUACUAUAAGUUGCUGCUCACUGGGACGCCUCUACAGAACAACCUGGAGGAACUUUUCCACUUACUAAAUUUCCUCACUCCAGAGCGCUUCAAUAACCUGGAGGGUUUCCUAGAGGAGUUUGCCGACAUUUCAAAAGAAGACCAGAUCAAGAAGCUCCAUGACCUGCUCGGGCCUCACAUGCUGCGAAGGCUGAAGGCUGAUGUCUUUAAGAACAUGCCGGCAAAGACAGAGCUGAUUGUCCGAGUGGAGCUUAGCCCCAUGCAAAAGAAAUAUUACAAGUUCAUUUUGACGAGAAACUUUGAGGCUCUGAACUCUAAAGGAGGUGGAAACCAAGUGUCAUUACUCAAUAUAAUGAUGGAUCUGAAGAAGUGCUGCAACCAUCCUUAUCUGUUCCCAGUGGCAGCUGGGGAGGCCCCAGUUUUACCCAAUGGAUCAUAUGAUGGCAAUCUGUUGGUGAAAUCCUCAGGAAAACUGACACUGCUUCAGAAAAUGCUUAAGAAACUGAAGGAUGAAGGCCACAGAGUUCUUAUUUUCUCUCAGAUGACAAAGAUGCUGGAUCUGCUUGAGGACUUCCUGGAGUAUGAGGGUUAUAAAUAUGAACGCAUAGAUGGUGCAAUCACUGGAGGACUGAGACAAGAGGCCAUAGACCGAUUUAAUGCGCCUGGAGCUCAACAGUUUUGCUUCCUCUUGUCAACGCGAGCUGGAGGUCUGGGGAUCAACCUGGCCAGUGCAGACACAGUUAUUAUUUAUGACUCAGACUGGAAUCCUCACAAUGAUAUACAAGCUUUUAGCAGAGCUCACCGUAUUGGACAAAACAAAAAGGUUAUGAUCUACCGCUUUGUGACGCGUGGCUCUGUGGAGGAGCGUAUCACUCAAGUGGCCAAGAGGAAGAUGAUGCUGACUCACCUAGUGGUCCGCCCUGGUCUGGGGUCUAAAACAGGAUCCAUGUCCAAACAAGAACUGGACGACAUCCUCAAGUUUGGCACUGAGGAGUUGUUUAAAAAUGAAAUGGAGGCAGUAGGUGAAAACAAGGAUGGUGAAGAGUGUAAUGUGAUUCAUUAUGACGAUGACGCUAUCUCCAAACUGUUGGAUCGAAGCCAAGACGCGACUGAAGACACAGAAAUCCAGAACAUGAAUGAGUACCUGAGCUCAUUUAAGGUGGCCCAGUACGUGGUGAAGGAGGAGGAUGGAGAGGAGGAGGUUGAGCGGGAGAUCAUAAAACAGGAGGAGAAUGUGGAUCCAGAUUAUUGGGAAAAACUUUUGCGCCACCACUACGAACAGCAGCAGGAAGACCUAGCCCGCAACCUGGGCAAGGGCAAACGCAUCCGAAAACAGGUCAACUACAACGAUACUACUCAGGAGGACCAAGACAAUCAGUCGGAGUACUCUGUGGGGUCCGAGGAUGAGGACGAAGACUUUGAGGAGAGACCUGAAGGUGGACGUAGACAGUCCAGACGACAGCUCAGGGGUGACAAAGACAAACCUCUGCCUCCACUGCUGGCACGGGUUGGGGGCAGUAUUGAGGUGCUUGGGUUCAAUGCUCGCCAGAGAAAGGCCUUCCUCAAUGCCAUCAUGCGCUGGGGGAUGCCUCCUCAGGAUGCCUUCAACUCUCACUGGCUGGUCCGGGACCUGAAGGGGAAGAGCGAGCGAGAGUUCAGGGCCUAUGUGUCUCUUUUUAUGAGGCAUCUGUGUGAACCAGGAGCAGAUGGAGCAGAGACUUUUGCCGACGGGGUCCCACGAGAGGGACUGUCCCGUCAGCAUGUCCUUACUAGGAUCGGUGUCAUGUCUCUGGUUAGGAAGAAGGUUCAGGAGUUUGAGCAUGUAAAUGGCAAACUGAGCUCUCCCGAUCUGAUUCCUAUUGGGAUGGAGCUGAAGAAAUUAACUGAGAGUGUAUCGUCAGAUCCUAACACCCCUGUUCCAGCCAGUCCAGUCACCACACAACCCAGUACUCCUGUCCCACCGGAGAAACCAGAAUCUCUCGCGGGAACAACAGAGGACAAGGACAGUCCAGAGCCGGAGAGCAAAAAGCUGUCAGACCAGGAAACUCCCAGCUCAGAGACAGCACCAGCAGCUGCGCCUGAGAAGUCGGCUGACAGCGAAGAGGCCAAGGCCGGCCCAGAGGAGAAACCAGGAGAUGAGAGGGACCCUGCCCAGUCGCCCUGUGCUAAGACCGAAUCAUCUGCCAACCUCAAAGAGUUUGGUUUGAAGCAGACUGAGCUGUCAUCCAGUCAAACUUCGCCUAAAGAGGACACCAGCAAAGAAACAGAGAAGACUACGGAGAAAGGAGAGGCCUAUUCCCCUCAGGCAAAAAGCGAAGACAAGGAAAAUAAGACGGCUCCUGCUGAUGUUGUGAAAAGUGAAGAUGUUUCAGAGGGACGCAUAAAUGGAGACAAAGACACAUUGGACGAGAUGGAGGAGAGCAGGAAAGGACCAGAGGACAAGAAUGGAUACAAGACCAAGUUCAUGUUCAAUAUAGCUGAUGGCGGUUUUACAGAGUUACACACCCUCUGGCAGACCGAGGAGCGAGCAGCGCUGUCUUCUGGAAAAAUGCAUGACAUCUGGCAUCGUCGCCAUGACUACUGGCUAUUGGCUGGCAUUGUAACACAUGGAUACGCCCGCUGGCAGGACAUCCAGAAUGACCCCCGUUAUGCAAUUCUGAAUGAGCCUUUCAAGACUGAGAUGCAUAAAGGCAACUACCUAGAGAUGAAGAACAAGUUUCUGGCGCGUCGUUUUAAGUUACUGGAGCAGGCCUUGGUCAUUGAGGAGCAGCUGAGGAGGGCAGCAUACCUGAAUAUGACCCAGGACCCCAGUCACCCAGCUAUGGCCUUAAACACACGCUUCGCUGAGGUGGAGUGUCUGGCAGAAUCCCACCAACAUCUGUCCAAAGAGUCUCUAGCUGGGAACAAGCCUGCUAAUGCGGUACUGCACAAAGUGUUGAACCAGUUGGAGGAGCUUCUGAGUGACAUGAAGGCUGAUGUGACUCGACUGCCCAACAUGCUGUCCAGGAUCCCCCCAGUGUCUGCGCGGCUGCAGAUGUCUGAGAGGAGCAUCCUGAGCCGCCUCACCAGUCGGGGCACUGAGCCUCCCCCUCAGCAGCCCUUUGGUCAGGGGGGGUUUGGCUGCUCCCAGAUGUACAGCAGCAGCUUUGGAGGGUUCAGAGGGCCUGGAGGUCAGCCCAUGGUCAACUACAGCCAGAUGCCUCUGGGACCUUAUGUCAGCGUGUCAUCAAAUGGCCCCCCUCCAAGCCUUCUGGACAAGAAGUCUCUUGAGUCUCUGAGAGAUGUGGCCACGCCUGAUCUGAAGUCGGGCAAACCCAGCGAUGUCAUCUGCAUUGAGGAUUAGACUGUUUGUUUCUCUUCACUGACCAGUGGUCAGACAUCCAGGGAUGGUAUCUGCAGAGAUGACUUUCUCCU